AUGGCCGACAAAACUAUGCCUAUUUCUGUUCCAUUAGAAAAACCCGUAAAAGUGACAAAAUGGAAAGUAAAACAAGGUGAUUUUGUGUUACAUGGUCAAAUAUUAUUUUUAUACAGCGAUUCUUCUGGUAACGGUAAUGAAUUCAAGAAAUUCAAAGCGCUUCGCGCUGGUACUAUCUCAUCGAUCAAGGUGAAAGAAGGGGAAAUCGCAGAACCUGGGGGAUGUGUAGCAGAUCUAGAAGAAUGCCGACACCCCACUGUAAUGAAAGAAAUGUGCGCCGAGUGCGGUGCAGACCUCCGUGCAAAAGAAGGGGUUAAGCAAGAUGUUGCUAUAAUACCCAUGGUUCACUCCGUACCAGAGUUGAAGGUCUCUGAGGAGCUGGCCCAAAAAUUAGGCCGUGAAGAUGCUGAACGUCUGCUAAAACAUAAGAAACUAGUUCUACUUGUCGAUCUUGAUCAGACAUUAGUUCAUACAACAAAUGACAAUGUACCACCCAACUUAAAGGAUGUCUUACACUUUUUUCUUCGAGGACCUGCUAAUACUGGACGUUGGUGUCACACAAGAUUAAGGCCAAGAACCAAACUGUUCUUAGAAUCUGCAUCCAAAAACUAUGAGCUACAUGUUUGUACAUUUGGAGCUAGGCAGUAUGCGCAUGCUGUGGCAGAGUUACUGGAUCCAGAAAAGAAAUAUUUCUCCCAUAGAAUACUAUCAAGAGAUGAAUGUUUUGAUGCCAGAACUAAAGCUGCCAACUUAAAGGCGUUGUUUCCUUGUGGUGACAACAUGGUGUGCAUUAUAGAUGAUCGUGAAGAUGUUUGGCGGCAUGCAUCAAACCUUAUCCAUGUCAGGCCAUACUCUUUCUUCCAAUCUACUGGUGAUAUCAAUGCACCACCUCCAUUAGGUGAUGAAAAACCAAAAUUAACAAGUGGGAAAAAUGGGGCACAGACACCAGUAAAUCAAGAAAUGCCUACUCUAGAUGCUGAACCUGAAAAAAUCGUAACUGAAGAUUUAAGAAAAAUUACUAAAGCUGAUAGUGACAAAAUAAUUGAAGGCAAUAAUGGAAAGAUUAUUUCAAAGGAAAUAACAGAAAACAAAAAUGAGAAUGAAGUUUCAUUAGAUAAAAUUGAAAGUGGAAAAAAUAAUGAAGAAAGAGUCCCCUCUGAAGGUCAAGAACCACAAUGGGUGGAAACAACAGAUGGGCAGAUAGAAGUAGAAGACCCUGAUGACUAUCUUAUAUACUUAGAAGAUAUUCUUAAAAGGAUUCAUAAGCAUUUUUAUGAUUUGUAUGAGAAUAUGGGUCGCAAGCAGAUCCCAGAUUUGAAAGCAGUUAUACCAGAUGUGAAGAGUAAGGUGCUGGCUGGUGUCAGUCUAGUUUUUAGUGGUUUAGUACCAACACAUCAAAGAUUAGAGACCUCAAGAGCCUACUUAGUUGCUAGAAGUUUAGGAGCUGAAGUUACUCAAGAUUUUACAGAAAAUACAACUCACUUAGUAGCUGUGCGCGCAGGCACUGCAAAAGUAAAUGCAACAAGGAGAAUCGGGGAAGGCAAAAUGAACAAAUUAUUUGUUGUAACACCUGAUUGGCUAUGGACUUGUGCUGAGAGGUGGGAACGAGUUGAUGAAAGACUAUACCCACUAACUAGGGGGGGACAGAGCAGUUCACGGCGACCUCCAGCUCACUGCAGCAGCCCACCCCCAGCACCACCCGUGGCAGCUUUACGUAAGAGAACUCCUUCAGGCCGCUUUAUGGAUACUAUCAACCCACUUCUAUCUUUCUCAAGUGAUGAUAUUGCGGAUAUGGAUCGAGAGGUAGAAGACAUUUUUAAUGAAUCUGAUGAAAGCUCAUCUGAUGAUGAGUCGAAACAGCAGGAUGACCUAGAUGAUGAAGUGAAUCCACCAGAAGAUCGAUUACUUACUCUGGAAACAGAAGAGAGCUCUCAAGAAAGGUUACGAGAUCCAGAUGGGAGUGAUACAGAUGGAGAUGACCCUCCAAGACCUAACAAAAGACCAAGAAGGUCGUCACCACAAUCAGAUGAUGAUGAACCUCCGGAUGAUGAUGAUAGUUCCUGGAAUCUAAUGGGCGCUGCUCUUGAAAGAGAAUUUUUAGCACAAGAU